AUGGCGAGACUCACUGAAGAUUCCGACUACGAUGCCGGCGAAACGACUGGAAAGGUACCACGUCCACGGUCCUACUCUAGAAAUGAUGAUGCAUAUAAUAGACUCCGGACAAGAUUGCCUCAAAGCGGUGGAUUACCUUUAUCCAUAAGCCAAGAUGGAUUUUGCAAACCGUUGGGACAAACCCAGCCUUCGCAAGCACAAUAUCAACAGCAUCAGCCUCAACAUUUUCAGCGCCCACUAGUCUCGCAGCAGUCUACAAUCAAUCAAGGCACAUCGAGUUCUACAUCUACCUCUAAUGAGGGAUGUUGCAGUAGCAGUGGUCAUAACACAAUGACUUUAGCUACUGGCGAAACGUCUGGCGGACACUGUACUAUCCAUGUGCCCUCUACCAGUAUGGCACCAAUCGGUGUUGGUAAUAGUACUAUAGAUUCUAGUGAUCUAUGUGGGCUUGAACCUGGCCUUUUUACUCCUGCUUCUCAGGCGCUUCUACCUCCCGCACCUGCUGCUCCACUACCACCCCUUCCUCCUCCCCCACACCAUCACCAUCAACUUACAGCUCUUCAACAGGCUAGCUUAUUUGCCGGGAGCCCAUAUGAUCCAGCCUAUUCCGCCAUUGGCUUGCACCACCUUACAGCCAGUGGCAACCUUGCCUGCCUGCCAUCUCCAAUGACGCAACCCCGAGGCCUUGCCAGCGCCGUUGCAGCUGCAGCGGCUGCGGCAGCUGCCUCAGCUUCUGCCGCAGAAGUUGGUGUAGCUAGUUCACAGCCAUUGUUUGCGAAACACCCAGGCCAACUCUUGGUCCCUGUAACGGGAGCUGGUGGGCUUGAGGGCAGUGGACCUUCGAGUACUCUUCGUGGCCGAUCAGGCCGGUCAGGCAGGUCGGAGGGACGAGGAAGGAGUGAAGAGGGUCUUGGAGAAGCCGGUGACACAGGCAGCCUUGAUGCAUUUGGGGUUGAUCAUCGUGGGGUGCCGGGAAAAUGGCUUUGUACCUGGCCAUACCUACUACUGGUUAUCUGCGUCUUGGCCUUCCUGCUUGCUCUUGGAUUUGCUGUUUUUUAUGCUGGUAUGCUAAGUCCUGGAAUUUAA